UGUGACACAUUGUGCCCUUGACUUCCUAUGAGAGGUGAUCGCUAGGUGGUGGGGGAGUUGAGUACGUUUGCGGAUUGGGAAAUAACGUCGCUAUGGGCUUGCUACCCGACGAGGCAAAGGGUCUCGAACCUCCGGGGAUCGUGAACAGGAACUCCGUGGCGCUGGCUUUCAUGGGCUGGAGCACUGCAAUGCUGCAGAACGCCAUCGUACGGAAACCGGCGUUGGGAUCAGGUGUUCAUCGACAGUUGUUGUUUGCAACAAUUGGGUGGUUUAUUGGUUACCACAUUACUAAAUAUGAAAAUUAUACCUAUGCCAGACUUGACCGGGAUAUGAACGAGUAUAUGAAACGGCACCCAGAGGAUUUUCCAGUAAAAGAAAAAAAGACCUUUGCAGAGAUUGUCGAGCCCUUCUGUCCUGUCCGCUAAAUGUAGGCGUCUGGCAAGAGGGAAUGAGAGAGACCAGGAGAGAACAUUUUUGCAGACUUCCAUCUGUCUGCUUUGUCCUUUUUUGCAAAUGCAUCCUGUCACAUGUGUGAAAUAUAUGUUAAGUAUAUAAUAAAAUGUGAAAAAGA